UCUCUACACUAAUUGUGAAACUUGGCUCUGUCUCUGAAUGCAGUCCAGCCAGCCAGCGAAUAAGAAAGUAAAAAAAUAGAAAAAAUAAAAUAAAAAAUUGCGAUCUACAUUUUAUAUAUUUUAUAAAGAAGAAAAAAAAAAGCAAUUUAAAUCUAUUUGUAAUAAUAAUAUAAAAACCCCUUAACAAUAAAUAUCAACAAAAUAAUCAAGAAAAAUAAACUCCAACAAAUCGAGAAAAAUAUAUUAUUUAACUUGUUCAAUCCUGUGUGUGUGCAACUAACCAACAUACAAGAAAAAAAAAAUCUCGAUAUAAAAAAUUAAAAAAAAAAAAAAAACUCGUGCGAUUUCAUUUAUAUUUCUUUUGAAAAAUAUAUAAUAAUUAUUGUGAUAUAAGUGAAAGUGUUUGUGUUUUGUUAAAAAAAACGCUUAAACAAAAUGCAGAGAUUAUAGCAAAAAAAUAGUAACAAAAAUAAAACAGAAAAAAAAGAAAAACAAUUGAAAAUUCAUGACCUGUCCCAUGACGACAGCUUGAAUACGUUUUUGUUAGCUAAUCAAACACACGAAAACAAACACAACAAGAAAAUUGUGUAAAAAAUAAAGUUUAAGACAAAGUCGCAGAAGAACCCAAACAAUAAACAAAACAAUAACAAAAAAAAAAAAAAAACAACAAAGAUAGACAACAAUAUAGCAAAAGCAAUAAUAUGAUUGAAUUUGAAUUGGAUUUUGAGGAUGGCAAUCGGCCGCGUGAAGUCCCAGAGACUCCUUUGAAGGAAUGGCGUCUUAAAUAUCAAGCUGGCACAAUUGUUGCUCAGGAUUUUAUUGAGUUCUUUCGCAAAGAAGCAAAGAAUUACUUUGAAUUUGAAUAUGUUGCUGAAGCAGACUCAACUAGAGAAAGCCUGCGAUGUUCAUUCAACGAAGCCGGUGCCAAAGCAGGUAUCAUAGACGUCCUGCUCGAAUUCAUACUCGGGGAUAAUCCUGAAACAAUUUUGGAUAAGCUCCAGAAAGAAGGUAACACCGCUGCCGUGUGUGGUAAAGUUUUCAAAAAUGGAGAACCAACCUACUGUUGUCGGGAAUGUGGCAUGGAUCUCACAUGUGUUCUGUGUGUGAACUGCUUCAAGCAAUCCUCACACAGGUAUCACAAGUACAAAAUGUCCACAUCUGGUGGUGGUGGAUGUUGUGAUUGCGGUGAUGAGGAAGCAUGGAAAAAAGACCAUUACUGUGAUGAACAUUAUAGAAACAAAGGCCUGCCAGCUGAGAGUCCAAUUAUAACGGAUGCCAUAAAAGGCCGUUGUGACAUCGCUUUUCGUGCGAUCAUUCAAUUCUGCAUGAAUAUAUUUGAAAUCGAAUCGAUUGCUAGUCUGGAAUGUCUAGACGAUGGCAAUGAAGACGAUCGUAUAUUCUGCACAGUUCUGUACAACGACGAGAGUCACACUUUCGGUCAGGUUAUCCAAACUCUGACCAAAAUUGUCAAGUGUCGGCAAAAAGAUGCAAUGGACAUUGUGGCGAGUAUAGACCGUGAAGGUCGUGCUGUGGUUCGUUGUGAAACAUUUGCCGCAUGUCGUCAGUUAAAAGAGUCCAUCGAGAAGCAAUCAGUGCAGAUUGGAGCAACUACCAGCAAUAGUAGGGCAAAUCAAUCGUUACGUGUGUCAGUCCUACAUAGACGGGCUGUUUCGUGCCAACAAUUUGCCAUCCAACUGUUGACGUGGUUCCAGGAGUUCCUCAUGAAACAUCUAACUUUCCGAGCAAUAUUUGCCACUGUGAUAAGCGACAAAACUACCACCUACAACAUUGGUCACAUUCUAGAAUACGAUGUGAAGCUAUGGAAAACCGCCCGCAGUUGCUGGCACAGACUGCUCAUUUCGGGCAUGUUAAUGGAAUACGAUAAUAAAAUGGCCCUCGCCCAAGAAUUUUCCAAGCACUAUGCCACAAUUGUUCAAGAUUUCAUUCGUGAUGAUCAUGAUCAUUCGUUUUCUAUUGUGUCAUUGAGUGUUCAGCUAUUUACGGUACCCAGUAUCGCGCAUUAUCUCAUUGCUGUUGAGGGAAUUUUCCACAAACUACUUCAUACCUUCUAUCAUGAGUCCAUCGAUAUGUAUGUGCAAAAUAAGACUCUGCACUUUGCAAGGAAUAUGGCCAUUUCGGGGCAGUUUAAGCGUGCUGCAUAUAUUCUCUACGAUAUGCGUUAUAUUCUUAGCUUCAAGCCAGAAGUAUGGACUCCAGAGUUGCGAGAGGGCUUCCUAGAAGGUGUUAAGGUACUUUUGCGAUUAUUGAAUGUGAUGCAGGGCAUGGAAUCAGUAACCCGGCAGACUGGCCAACAUAUGGACUACGAGCCCGAAUGGGAAUGCGCUUUCAACUUGCACAUUAAGUUGGCCAACACAAUUUCCCUAGUGCUAGAUUGGUGUGCCAGUGAUCGGGAGAUUUUGCUUAAAGUCUAUCAGAUGACAAUGCGUCAUUUGAUGAAUAACGGUUUUAAUUUAAAUACUAGCAAAAUUGAAGAGCAAUCAGUUAACGAUCAUGUCGCCAAAUGUAUGAUGUACGAUGUAUCAUCUCGUCCUGUUUCGAUUCACCUACCUUUGUCACGAUUCUAUGCUGGAAUAUACCUUCAUUUGGGCAAAUAUGGAAUCACUUUUGAUAAUGCCUUUACAACUGGUGGUCGAACACCAGAGGAAAUUAUGGAACCUAUCCUUUGCACUCAGGCAAUGAUUGCUCAGGUGAACUCGGGAAUGUGGCGUCGUAAUGGUUAUUCCCUCCUACACCAACUAUACUUUUACCGUAAUGUGCGUUGUCGUUCAGAAAUGCUCGACCGAGAUAUAGUUGGGUUGCAAAUUGGAGCAGCACUCAUCGAGAGCAAUCAAUAUCUGAUUCAUUUGUUAAAUAAAUUCAAUCUUUUGGAGUGGAUACAAGCAGAUUAUGAAUCAAAUAAUCUUAGUUCUACUGAUGAUGACUUUAUUAGGCAACUAUCAAUGAUUGAUGAGUUUUUGGAGAUGUUGAUUGUGAUUAUUGGUGAACGUUAUGUUCCAGGCAUUGCCAAUGUAACCGAUGCUGAUCGUAUAAAGAAAGAAAUUAUUCAGUUGUUGUGCAUUAAGUCUUAUUCGCACUCCGAAUUGAAUAGAGCUCUAUUAGAUUCGAAUAAUGAAAUAAUUUUAGAACAUGUGACUGAAGUUUUGGCAGAUUUCAAAAAACCCAUGAAGACCGAUUCGAAGGGUGUUUAUGUGUUGAAAGAUGAAUUCUAUGACGAUUAUAAUAUGUACUUUUAUCAUUACACAAAAGAGGAGAAAUCAAAAUCGGAAGAGAACCAAAGGGCACGUAGGAAAUCAAAAGAAUUGCUGGUUUGUUGUCCACCGCCAUUACUUCCUAAGCUUACUGAUGGAUUUAUCUCAAUUGCGAAUCUCCUUCAAUGUGAUGUGAUGAUGACUAUUAUGUCAACUGUUUUUAAUCGAGCUCUAGAUCUCAAAUCAUCUAGUUUCACUGACAAUCAUUUGCAAAAGGUUCUUCAUUUGAUUGGAUAUGCCCUGCAAGAAGAAGCAUCCGGCAACUAUCCUUUCCUGCAGUUUUAUGAGCGAUCGCAAAGAUUUGAUAUUUUGCCAUCACUCGAGAAGCUUUCCCACAGUGCAAGGGUUGAAUCACACCGUGACUUUAUAUUGUGGACAUUGAAGAAGUUCAAAGAACUCCAACCAAAAGAAGCCGCUGCUGAGGAGGCAAUGGAAACACCUGCCGACGAAGAUGCCGAUCUAGAGCCAAUGACUACAGCUGAAGCUGAAAAGCAGGAAAAAGAAGAACGUUCCCGCCUAGCUGCUCAGCGUCAAUCCAAAAUUCUCGCUCAAAUGAUGAACGCCCAAAGAAAUUUCAUGAAAUCCAAUGCAGAGAUGUUUGAAAAACUUGAAGCCGUAAAAGAUGAUGAUGACUCAUCCAUGGACUGGCAAACAGAUCGUGAUCGUAGCGAAUUUGAAGAAGGAGCUGUAGCAUACAGAUCCUUAGCUUGUUUGGGUUACGAUAGACGUAUGCAACAACCCGUUGACAAAACUUUCAAAUGCAUUCUCUGUUUUGAAGAUUGCACUGUUACCAAGGAUGGACCUUGUUUAGUUUAUUCAGCUUAUAUUCAAAAGAGUAAAGUUCUCCCACCUACUGGAGAUGCACCCAAUUCAAUAUACACUAGUAGUUGUGGUCAUGUGAUGCACGAUACUUGCUGGAAUGAAUACUAUUCGAAUGAAGAAUCCAAAGAAAUGCGUCGUCCAACUCGUAAUCGUCAAGGAUAUUAUCUUCUCAGAAAUAAUUCAGACUUUCAAUGUCCCUAUUGUAGAUGUGUUAGCAAUGCUGUUCUCCCAUUAACAGCUCCCAUUUCGAAAUUCUCAAUCAGUCCUGUGAUACACACUGGUGAUGACGUGAUACCCUUUGACAGUUGGUUCGAUGUAAUGGCAGCGUUUACAGAAAUCGUCACAACAGUGCCAACAGCUUCUUCUCCUAGCGGUGCAAGUGCCGAUGAUGACACACCAAAAGACUCUGACUGGUUUAUGUAUCCAAAUAUGGAGGAAAUUCUAUCGCAACAGAACGUUAACAUUGAUAACUUCAAAAAACUCUGUGCUCCUCAACAAGGUUUGGAAAUAACAAAAGAAUGGGCUUCCUUUGCGGAUCGCUUCACCGAAAGCUUGAGAAAGUUUGCCCAUACCCCCUUUGACUUAAAUAAAAACGAAGAGUUGCCAAAACUAUGGCACACUUGUAGCUAUACAAUACAGGCUUUGGAAGUAUACUUGCGAGCCACUUCAAAGCCUUUCAAGAGUGAAAUGUCCAUCCGUCACAGCAGUUGCUUGAGUGGUCUGAUACGCGCUAGCUGUCUUCGUGCUGGCAAUGUCGAUGCCGAGGACUUGAAUAAUAUUCUAAAUCCUCUGCGAAAAAUUCUCGAAACCUUAUUCAAGCAAAAGGGCACACCAGUGCUUCAGUGGAAUUGUUUCGAGAUGCUUUUAUCUGUGAUUUUAUCAGUACCAAGUAUGAUGUACGCUUAUGAUGGCAAAAAAGCCAUUACUUGCGGUAGUUUCUUUGAAUUUUACGUCCUGCAGCAUCUGUUUAUUGCAAAUUUGGUGAAAGCCGUUUUACUCUUCAAUGAGGAGGACCAAACCUUCAUGGAUAUUGACGAAGAAGAGCAGGAGUCAAAAGAAGAUGAAGAAGCUGCUUCAACUUCAACAUCAUCACCAUCUGCAUCACAGAAUACCCCCACAACAGCAGAGGUUUCUGAAGACUUAAAGAACUUCUAUCAGCGCUUCAAUUUGCGGCAACGAAAGAAUCCCACACAAGAAAUCUCACAGCGCACUCUGCGCUCCUUGCUAGAACAUAUUCGGGUCGAAUCGAGGCAAUUCUUACGUUGCGCCUGUCUAUUCUUCCAUUUCGUUACCGAUGUAGAAUUCACAGACGAGUUCCUAGAACCGGACAGUGACACUUUUGCCAAUAUGUGCAGCUAUCUAGGCCUCAGUACAUCUGUCGAAACAUAUUUCGACAGUAAACGGCCAUACGCCCGCAUCGCAGAAAACUUUGCUUCCCAUCCACAAAUUGAAGAAUACACCACAACGACUACAUAUUUACCUGUUGUACCGUGCACGUUGCCAGUGCCCAGCUUGGUGGCACUUCCAGACGACUAUAGUGAUCUAAUAAACAGUGUGUCGGAGCUCACGUGUCCCAACAACGAACGUGAAGAAAUGAAAACACCCACCAUGUGUCUGGUUUGUGGUGACAUCCUAUGCGGACAGUCGUACUGCUGCCAGCCAGAGCUGGAGCCAACUCGUAUUGUUGGCGCAUGCACCUAUCACGCUCAUUAUUGUGGUGCAGAAAUAGGCGUGUUUCUGCGUAUACGAGAUUGCCAGAUUGUCUAUUUGGGUCGCAAUAAAGGCUGUUUCAUUCAACCACCUUACUUGGAUGAAUAUGGUGAAACAGAUGCCGGUCUGAGACGUGGCAAUCCGCUAACUCUGUGUACAGAGCGUUAUCGCAAGAUACACCUGCUUUGGUUGGGUCAUGGGCUACAUGAAGAAAUUGCUCGUCUAAAUGAGACAACGUCCAUAACAUCACAUCAAUGGUACGACAUGUAGUCACGACUGGCCGCAACUCGCUUCAUUCGUCGAGUGAGGAGGAGAAUCAUAAGUCGUUUGUUUUUCAUUUAAACUAAUAUUAAAAUUGUUUUUUUUUUUUUAAUUUU